CAACUGCUUACAACCACCAUAGCCGCGUGCACCCGUUGAUGCUGCGUGGCUUUGGCUUCGUACAGUACAGCCGGUGCUCUUUUCUCGCCACCAACCAGCUGCUGGAGCCACGCGUCCAUCGGUCCCUCUACGGAAGUCGCUGCGCAGUCCGGUGCAGGAGUCACCUUGGAGGCAGUCUGGCUGCCUUUCUUUGUGGCGCUCUUCGUCCGCGGAUGGGAAAGAAAGCGUCCAAAGGUGUGGCCCCGAUGGCCCCGCGGGGAGAAAAGGUGCCAUGCCAGAGUCUGCAGGACUUCGCCUCGGCUCUGGCGAAGCAGCUGGCGACCAAGAACCGUCUCAUCCGUACCUUCGAUGUGGGUGGCACCGGCGUGAAGACCGCGCUGUUCUCCGCCCCAAGCCUGCAAAGCUUUCUGGAGGCUGAAGGUGAGCGAGAACUGGAUUGGAUCGAAGCUCCCACCAGCUUGGGCCAGGCUCCAGGGGAAGAGGGCUUUGACGCCUGGUUGGCUUCAGUUCUGCCAAAGCUGCAGAAUGAGAAGGCCAAUGGUCACGUGGCCUUCGGCGUGUCGACGGCCGGAGAUUUGGAGCACGCCACAGGGAUUCUCCACGACUGGUGGUCCGCCGGCGGGCAUCCCAGACAAUGGGAGGGCGACGGCCGCGCCGAUCCCCACGUGGCGGAGCUCAUGGGUUUGCCCCGCGAUCGCACCUUCAUCCUCCAUGACGGUGCAGCACAUUUGUUGGGGUGUUCGCGCUGCAUGGUGCCUCCCCCUCGUCUCGCGUGUUUUUCCGUAGGCACUGGUGUGGGCUUCGGCAUCUCCGAUGAGGAAGGUGCUGUGGUGGAUCCUUCUUCAACGACAGGCGCCCGGAGCCACUUCCUCAACGGGGUCCCCUUGUCCGGUGCCAGCUAUCGCGGCCUUUGGCGCGACUGGGUGGCUCGCACCGAGCAUGUGGACGACGUGGAGCAGGUGAUGCGUAAGGAGUUCGCCAACAUGGGCCGGCCCUGGAGCUUUCCCUGGGUGAGCUUGGUCCUCGGCCGUCGUGGCAUGGAGCUGGCAGAGGCGGCCUUCGGCUGCCCGCCGCCCGAGCGCGGCGACGACGGAGGUGCAGGCCCUGUGCUCAACACCGAGGUGCGGAAAGCCUCCAGCGAGGCCUAUGCGCAACAGUCGCCGCCGCAGAGCAACGGGUGGGCUCACUUUCUUCAGACACAGCCAGGAAGCCCAGAAGGGCGAGUCUUCAAAAGCGGAGGUGUUGCGACAUCAGGUUCACCCCGCAGUUCUGCACGGGCUCUCGUAGACAUCAGGUGGAUCGCAUUUGCUUUGCUGGCAUGGUCGCAGAGAGCAACUGGUCCAGCAUGCAACAGGCCUUUGUCUCCGAAAGUUCCGAGCUAUCAUUCCCUGACACUGGUCCACAGGAAGAGGAGACAUCCAAGAAGAGGCGAAGCAAGAAGACACAGGCGGCGAAGACCGACACCGUCCACAGGGCGGCCGCGCCCUCGGCCAUCCAGGUGCUCCCCUUGGCGCCCCAUGGCUCCGCGCUCAUCGGCGCCGGUAUCUAUGCGCUGGCCGGCUGCGGAGGAGCUGCUAUGGGACUGUGGGCGAAGUGAGGGGCAAAAAGUGGAGCUCCCUCCAGCGUUUUCUCGGCAGAAUCGGCAGGUAGUGAGGGGCAAAAAGUGGUAAAUCCCAAACACGACCUGGCAUUUGUGACUGGC